ACUCUCAACCUUCAAAAAAACCAUCAUCCUUCCUUUGCUCAUUUUCCAACCUUUUUUCAAUCAUCAUGGGAGUUUACACAUUUGAGAACGAGUUCACCUCUGAGAUUCCACCAUCAAGAUUGUUCAAGGCCUUUGUCCUCGAUGCUGACAACCUCAUCCCCAAAAUUGCACCCCAGGCAGUCAAACAAGCUGAGAUUCUUGAAGGAAACGGUGGCCCCGGAACCAUCAAGAAGAUCACUUUUGGUGAAGGCAGCCAGUACGGCUACGUGAAGCACAGGAUUGACUCGAUUGACGAAGCAAGCUACUCAUACGCCUAUACUUUGAUCGAAGGUGAUGCUUUGACAGACACCAUCGAGAAAAUAUCUUACGAGACCAAGUUGGUGGCAUCUGGAAGUGGUUCAACCAUCAAAAGCAUUAGUCAUUACCAUACUAAAGGAGAUAUUGAAAUUAAAGAAGAGCACGUCAAGGCUGGAAAAGAGAAGGCCCAUGGUUUGUUCAAGCUUAUUGAGAGCUACCUUAAGGACCACCCCGACGCAUACAACUAAAUUAAUCACAUGUAUCUAUGGUGUUUUGGCUGUUACCGUUACUAGAUGGUCAGUCGAAGGUUGUGUGGCUUUUCUUUGUAUGUUUUUUUUCUCAUCAGUCAAAAGUGAUAACCAUGGUUUGGGCAGUUUGGGCUUGAAAAAUAAGUGUUAUGGUUGUGAUGAUCUUCUUGUAUUGAUUUCUUUGUUUGGAAAAAAGUUGCAGAGUGAACAGAGUGUAUUAUCUUCUAUAAAUAUAAUUAAAUUACUUUUUAAUCA